UAAACCGAGCCGACUUUUCCGGCCAUUGGAGCUCCUCGCUCUCCUUCCCUUCACACCUAUGCUUCUCCCACGCCUCUUUUAUAAUUCUCCGCAGCUUAGGUGUUCAUUGGUUGGUCAGAAUCCCAGCUGCCCCCUUACAAUCCUCUCUUGACUUUCAUCAUCCCAUAAAUGCGAACCUCGCUGUCCAUGAUUUUCUUAACCGUCGAGGAAUCCCUCUCAAGAGGAUCGAACCUUCUUCAUCUUCUCCCAAUCAAUCUGACUUUAAAGAAUUUUGAGAUUAGAUUUCAAACUGGAAGUAUGAAGUGUUUUCAAUUCUCAAACGGGGAGGGCAAGCAAACUCCCCCAGUGAGGAAGUCUACAUCAGGUCUUUCCACCAGCACUGCAUCGACUGAUCAUGAUACGAAGAAAUCAGGAUCCGAAUCAAACUCCAUGAAUGUUUCGAGUUUGAGUGCUGAAUCGGUCGGAAGAACUCCUUUUCCAAGUUUGUCUCAAAAGCCAAAUAAUCUGAGGAAAUUUUCCUUUGAAGAGCUAAAAGCAGCUACAAGGAAUUUUAGUCGCUCGUUGAUGCUCGGAGAAGGCGGAUUUGGAUGUGUAUAUAGGGGUGUAGUCAAGGGACAUGAGGAUCCACAUAUGACCAUUGAAAUUGCGGUUAAACAAUUAAGCCGCAAGGGCUUGCAGGGACAUAAGGAAUGGUUGACUGAGGUAAAUGUUUUAGGAGUGGUUGAGCAUCCAAAUCUUGUCAGAUUAUUGGGCUAUUGUGCUGAAGAUGAUGAAAGAGGAAUACAGAGACUGCUUGUUUAUGAAUAUAUGCCAAAUAGAAGUGUUGAAUAUCAUUUAUCACUAAGAAUAUCUGCUCCUCUAACAUGGUCCAUGAGGUUGAAAAUAGCUCUUGACGCAGCUCGUGGAUUGACAUACUUGCAUGAAGGGAUGGACUUUCAGAUUAUUUUUCGAGAUUUCAAGACAUCCAACAUUUUAUUGGAUGACCGUUGGACUGCAAAAUUAUCAGACUUUGGCUUGGCCAGACAAGGACCCACAGAAGGAUUGAGUCAUGUUUCAACUGUGGUUGUGGGUACAAUCGGCUACGCUGCUCCCGAGUAUAUUCAAACCGGUCGUCUCACGACGAAGAGCGAUAUCUGGAGCUACGGUGUCGUUCUCUAUGAACUGAUAACCGGCCGCCGGCCGAUGGAUCGAAAUCGGCCCAAGGGUGAGCAAAAACUCAUUGAAUGGGUAAAGCCGUACAUGGCUGAUGCAAAGAAGUUCCACUUGAUUGCCGACCCAAGGAUGGGAGCGAACUUCUCAACAAAGUCUGCCAUGAAGCUCGCCGCAGUGGCCAAUAAGUGCCUCAUCCGACAGCCAAAGUUGAGACCGAAGAUGAGCGAGGUGCUCCAAAUGGUGCAGAGUAUUGUUGAUGAUGAUGAGAUUGAAGCUCCGCAAACCCCUCUGAUUGCGCCGAAUGAGAAGGCAAAAGAGCGGAGCAAGAGGAGAGGAGCCGACUCGAAAAUCAGGAUUGGUGACUUGAAAAUGUUAUGGCGGGAAUGGGCGCCUAAGCUAGUUAGAGCACAUUGAUGUCAUCAUACCUAAGAACAUCUCUGACAACAUGAGAGAGUUGUUCUUAAUUCUACUGGAAGAUUUACAUACAUAUCACUUAAUUCCUAUGUAUUUGCAUCUCUAACACCUAAAGUUUAGUUUUUUUUUACUUCUAUGUCAUCUUACAUAUUCAUGAAAAAGUUGUAUCUCACUUUCUAAAAUGUUGAAAAGGUAGUGUUUUUGAUGUGAUAUGAAAUGUUUGGAUGGCAUAAAUGUAUAAAAAGUAAAGUUUAGGUCUUAAAUAUGUAAAUGCGUAAGAAUUGGGUGGUAUGUAUGUAAUAUGUAAAAUGUAAAUGCCCCUUUUCCUCUAGUUUAGAUCCAGGUGGAUGUAGUAUUUUAUCCUGCAGUUUAAUGAAUUGGGAGCCUGUAAAUGGAAAGGGUCUUUUUGAAAUAAAACAAGUAAAAUGGGGAAGAUCUACAUAUUUA